UUUUUUUUUUUACAUAUUUUACAGAAUAUAUAUUCAAAUUUUUAUACAAAAUAAUGAUGAAAAAUCAAAGAAUUGAUGUAUUUUUUAAGAGAAAGGCUAAUAUUCAAGAAGGGGAACAUAUAACUUCUACAAUAUUAACACUUGUAGAUAGUUCUUCUACUAUAAUGAAUCACGAAGAAAGUGAGAUACAACCUCCAAAAAUUCAAAGAGUUGCAUCUGAUGAGUUUGAUCUUAAUUCUUUGGAACGAGACCCUGGAAAACGGCUUCAAAUUUGGCAAUAUCACCCAAACCAGAGAGAUGAAGUUAGACGAGCUUAUCUUAAAUGGGGUCCAUAUCAAAAACAUCUUGACAAUUAUCCUCUAUCUGGUACGAAGCAUCCAAGACGAUUUCAAUAUGCUUGGUUUGGUAUUUUUCCUUCAUGGUUAGAGUAUUCACCUUCUGAAGAUGCUGCAUAUUGUUUAUUUUGUUAUUUGGUUAGCAAAAAAUCCAGUGGACAUAAUGGGUCAGAUAUUUUUAUUAGUAAAGGGUUUAGAAAUUGGAAAAAAGUUAAUGAUGGAAAGAAUUGUGCUUUUCUUAAACAUAUUGGAGAUCCUUGCUCACCACACAAUAAUGCAGUUGGAGCAUGUCUAGAUUUAUUGAAUCAGGCAAGUCACAUCCAAAAUGUAAUUAAGGAUCAUACUUCUGAGGAAAUUCAAAAGAAUCGAUUGCGUCUAAAAUCCUCCAUUGAUGUAACUCGUUGGCUUACAUUUCAAGCUUGUGCUUUCAGAGGCCAUGAUGAGACUCCUGAAUCAAAAAAUCGAGGUAAUUUUCUUGAAAUGAUAAAACUCAUAACAUCUUACAAUGAUGAAGUUGCAAGAACUGUGUUAGAAAAUGCUCCAUAUAAUGCUAAAUAUACUUCACAUCAAAUUCAAAAAGAAAUCUUGCAUAUACUCUCAAACAAGGUGAGAAAGUAUAUUUGUGAAGAAAUUGGAGAUUCCAAGUUUUGCAUUGUAGUAGAUGAAGCUCGUGAUGAAUCCAAAAGAGAACAAAUGGCACUUGUUUUGAGAUUUGUUGAUAUACAUGGUUUUAUUCAAGAGCGUUUUCUUGAUCUUGUACAUGUCAAAGAUACUACAUCAUUAACUCUAAAACAAGAAUUGUGCGGCAUUCUUUCUCGGCAUGGUCUUGAUGUCUCUAAUAUUCGUGGUCAAGGAUAUGAUGGCGCCAGCAACAUGAGAGGAGAAUGGAAUGGGUUACAAGCAUUAUUCUUAAAAGAUUGUCCUUAUGCUUACUAUAUCCACUGUUUUGCUCACCGAUUACAACUUGCAUUAGUUGCUGCAUCAAGAGAAGUUAUUCCUGUACAUCAGUUUUUUUCAAAAUUGACUUUCAUCGUCAAUAUCAUUUGUUCUUCUAGUAAGCGACAUGAUGAGUUACAUGCUGUCAAGACAGAUGAAAUUGUCCAUUUAUUAGAGAUUGAUGAACUUGAAACUGGUAAAGGGGCAAAUCAAAUUGGUACUUUGAAACGAGCAGGUGAUACUCGAUGGAGUUCUCAUUUCUCUUCUGUUUGCAGUUUGAUAAAUAUGUAUGGUACAACGUUGACUGUUUUACAAAAGAUUAUUGUUGAUGGAUCAACUUAUUCUCAGCGUGGUGAUGCAGAUAGUGCUUACAAUACCCUGACUUCAUUUGAGUUUGUAUUGAUCUUGCAUUUGAUGAAAGAUAUGAUGGGAAUAACUGAUAUUCUUUGUCAAGCUUUACAAAAGCAGUCUCAAGACAUAGUUAAUGCUGUGCAACUAGUUCAUUCUACAAAAACACUUAUCCAAAGCAUGAGAGAUGACAGAUGGGAGGAAUUAUUAAAAAAUGUGAAAUCAUUUUGUGAGCAACAUGAUAUUCUAAUUCCUUAUUUAACUGCUUCUUAUGUUGCAAGGCAAAGACGCUCGCGUCACCAAAAAGAUCAUAUUACAGUUGAGCAUUAUUUUAGAGUGGAGAUAUUUUUAGUCACAAUUGAUAAGCAAUUACAAGAGUUAAAUAGCAGAUUUAAUGAUCAAGCAAUGGAUCUACUAAGUCUGAGCUCUACUCUCAUGCCUAAAGAUGCUUACAAAAAUUUUGACAUUGCUAAGAUUUCUACUCUUGUUGAUAGCUACUAUCCCGAAGACUUUACUGAACAAGAGAAGAUUAAUUUGCCUUUUCAGCUUCAGCAUUUUAUUCUUGAUGUUCGUCAGCAUCCAGAAAUGAAGAAUUUGUCAACUAUUCAUGAACUGUGUAGAUGUUUAGCAGAAACAAAAAAGUCAAAAGUAUAUUACUUGAUUGAUAGAUUGAUUCGUCUGAUAUUAACUCUUCCAGUUUCUACAGCUACUACAGAGCGAUCAUUUUCAGCAAUGAAAAUAAUAAAGACAAGGUUAAGAAACAAGAUAGAGGACGACUUUCUUGCGAAUAAUUUGGUUAUUUAUAUUGAGAAAGAAAUUGUUGAAAAGUUUAGUUCUGACUCAAUUAUUGAAGAUUUUAAGUCAUUAAAAACUCGAAGAGUACCAUUAUAA